CAUAGACAAAAUAUAUUUUUACAAAAUUAAAAAACAUUCUAUAAAUAGGCCGAAACCUACCAAAAAAAUGUAGCAGAGAAGAAAUGGCGGACGGUUCUUCCAGCAAGCGAUGGCUUCCACUUGAAGCUAACCCCGAUGUCAUGAAUCAGUUUCUUUGGGGACUUGGUGUUACGCCUGGAGAGGCAGAGUGCUUUGAUGUUUAUGGACUUGAUGAGGAGCUUCUGGAGAUGGUUCCCAAGCCUGUAUUGGCGGUGCUGUUUCUCUAUCCACUGACGGAAAAGAGCGAACAAGAGAGGAUUCAACAGGAUAGUGCAAUAAAGGAGGAUCCUAGCAAUGGAGUUUAUUUUAUGAAGCAAACAGUUGGAAAUGCCUGUGGAACCAUUGGGCUCCUUCAUGCUGUAGGAAAUAUCACUUCUGAGAUAAAACUCGAGGAGGGGUCUUAUCUCAACAAUUUCUUCAAAUCCACUGCAAACAUGAAUCCAUUAGAGCGGGCUAAAUUUCUUGAAAAUGAUAGGGAGAUGGAAGUUGCUCAUUCUGUAGCUGCAACAGCUGGGGAUACUCAGGCAUCAGAAGAUGUGAAUACCCACUUCAUUUGUUUUGCAAGUGUGAAUGGACAACUGUACGAACUUGAUGGAAGGAAGGGGGGACCGGUUUCGCACGGUCCUUCUUCUUCAAGCACUAUAUUGAAGGACGCUGCUAAAGUGAUAAAGAAGAUGAUCGAGAAAAACCCUGAUUCAAUCAACUUCAACGUGAUCGCCAUAUCCAAGAAAGCUUGAGCUGAGCCCAUAGGCCCGGCCCAUGUGUGCACUGGAGCUCCUUUUUCCUUUCACUUGAGAUACAUAAACACCGGCUAUGUUUGUAGUGUUACUAGGAGCUGAGCUACUGCUUUCAUACCUUCUGUCAUGUUUCUUGAUCAGGCAGCCUUUCUAUUUGCACUUUCAGAAUUAGUGUCACUCUAAUCAAGCGAUGAAAAACAACUCAAUAGAGGCCAAAUAAAAAUUAAUAAAUAAAUUUAUACCAAUGGGUUUAGGCCCCCACAUUACAUAAACUGCUGCUGGCUCAUUUCAACACUAAUCCAAUUUAAAGUCAUUUUGCCAGUGAAUAGACUGUGAGCAUUAACCAAAAAAAAGACUUGUUGUGCAACUCGUUAGUAAGAACGUAGCAAAGGUAGAGUGAAUGAAAUGAGAAAGAUCUCCGAGAGAAAAUCAUAGGCGACGAUGAUACAACUUAGACAUGGAUAUGAUAUGAUCCAACCAGGACUGACAUACAACAAAUA